UCACUUUCACUUGCUCUAGAUCCCCUGUUCAUGAGACAAAUCCACUUUCUCUCUUGUUCUGUUGAAACAGACUGAGAGACCUGAACACAAUUGACUGAACAGCUGUUAGAAACAUCUGCUUCGAAAAGAGGAUCGCCUGCUAAACCUGCUCCAACUCCUCACAUAAAGACAUGGACUAAGGAAAAUACAUGGCACCAUGUCUUUCAAAGAGAAUAAAAUUGAUAUGCCCAGCCCAGUUUGUCUCAUUAAUAACACGGAGGAUGGAGGCCUUCGCAUUUGUCAAGAGGCGCUAGAUAUUCUGGACCAGAUCACUCAGCCGGUGGUGGUGGUGGCCGUGGUGGGUCUGUACCGCACUGGGAAGUCCUACCUCAUGAACCGACUGGCAGGGAAACGAAAGGGCUUUGCCCUGGGCAGCACCAUUGAGUCCAAGACCAAGGGCAUCUGGAUGUGGUGUGUGCCUCACCCCCAUAUAGAAGACCACACACUGGUGCUGCUGGACACUGAGGGACUGGGAGACGUGGACAAGGGGGAUGAGAAACAUGAUGUGUGGAUCUUCUGCCUGGCUGUUCUGCUCAGCAGCACUGUGGUCUACAACAGCUUAGGAGUCAUAGACAACAUGGCACUAGAGAAACUGCAAUAUGUCACAAAACUGACGGAGCACAUUAACGUGACCUCGGAUGCAGUAGGUGGUGAAGAAGCGUACAGCAAAUCCACAGAGUUCAUGCAUGUUUUCCCAUCCUUUGUAUGGACUGUGCGAGACUUCACCCUGGACCUGGAUGGAAAACCAAUCACAGCUGAUCAAUACCUGGAAAGCGCACUGACGUUAAAGCAGGGGAACACAGACAAUGUUGUAAAGUACAACAAGACAAGAAGCAGCCUGCGGGACUUCUUUGCUGUGCGCAAGUGCUUUGUGUUUGAGCGGCCAGGCAGCACUAAGCAGAUGAAGAAGAUGGAAGAGCUGAUGGAUGAUGACCUGGAUGAGUCUUUUGUGCAGCAGUCAGAGGCCUUCUGCACCUACAUCUAUACCAACUCAAAACCCAAAACCAUGAGGGGAGGCCUGGGAGUGACCGGCAGGAUGUUGGCCACUCUGGCACAGACGUAUGUUGAGGCGAUCAGCAGUGGUCAGGUCCCGUCUCUGGACAAUGCAGUGGAAUCUCUGACUUGGAUUCAUAACAGUCGUGCCGUCCAGGAAGCUGUGGAGUUCUACCACUGUGAGAUGACCAAAAAGGUCCAGUUCCCCACGGAGACUCAGCAGGAGCUUUCUGACAUCCAUGCAGGUGUAGAGAAAGAGGCUAUCAGUAUCUUCAUCAAAGGCUCCUUCAACGAUCAGAACCAGGAAUACCAGAGAGAUCUUGUGAAAUGCCUUAAGAAGGAGUAUGAGGAGUUUGUUAAACGGAAUAUGGAAGAAUCCCGCAAAGCAUGCGGGUCUAUCAUUUCUCGGGUGUUCUGUCCUCUGGAGGAGGCAGUGAAGGAAGGUACUUACAUGCAGCCUGGAGGCUACACAGAGUACUGCAGUGCCCUGGAGGAAGCAGUUCAGCAGUACAGGUCAGAGAAAGGCCACGGACCUAUGCUUGAGGAGGUACUGUCGAAUUACCUGGCCGAGAAGAGUGCAGUGGGAGGGAACAUUCUUGCAGCUGACCGCUCCCUCAGUGAAGCUGAGCAGAAGACAGAGGAGGAAAAGCGUCAGAAAGAGGCUUUGGAGCAGCAGAACAGACAACUAGAAGAACAGAAGAAAUUCCAGGAGCAGCUGAUUCAAGAUCAGAAGAAAUCCCACGAGGAACACAUCGAGCAGCUGAAGAAGAAAAUGGAAGAAGAGAGGAAACGUUCAGAGGAGCAAUUUAGGCGAACACAGCAAGCUUUACAUCAGGAGCAGAUACGGUUGAUGCAAGAGGGCUUUUGGAAGAAAAGUGCAGAGAUGCAGGAGCAAAUCGAUAAACUGACAAAGGAGAUAAAAAGGAAAAAAAAGAAGAGGUGGUAUCAGAGAAUUUAAAAAUUUUUAAUUGGUGACCUUUGGAAGUUACUUUUAAUUAGAAUUUAAUUUAAAUCCUAGAUUUAUGACUUGAUCAUGUGUUUAUGGGAACUGAUUUUUUAAAGAUGUUGAAAAUAGAUGCACAGUCCGGUUGAAAUGAAACAAUAAUCGUGAGGUUAAAAUGCGGUCUGUAGAUUUUACUCAAGCGGACUUUAAUUAGAUUAGAUUAGAUUAGAUAA